GACGUUUAUUCGUAAUUAGUUUUAUUCCAGAAGCAUAAACUUCACCUGUAAAAACAGUUUUGGUGUCGGAGAAAAUGCUUCCACUUUCGCACAAAGACUCGAGGAAUCUUGGCAGCCGGAUAAAGGAGAAGCUGUUGGGAUGGAAACGUUUAAUAUUUUCUGAUAAGAAUACCAGGAAUUUAUUUCUCUUUCUGUUGCUAAAUUUAUCUUUUGCCUGCAUUGAAUUAGUGUAUGGAAUAUGGACAAACAGCUUGGGUUUAAUAUCAGAUAGUUUUCACAUGUUCUUUGAUUGUACCGGUUUAUUAUGUGGGUUAGCUGCAUCUGUUGUAACAAAAUGGAGGGCAAACGAACGCUACUCGUAUGGCUAUGUCAGAGCAGAGGUUCUAGGAGGCCUUGUCAAUGCUCUACUUCUAUUCUUUGUUGCUCUCUUUAUUAUGUCAGAGGCUGUUGAAAGAGCCAUUGAACCUCCAGAAGUGAAACACGAAAGACUUCUGGUCGUGUCUGUUCUUGGAUUGCUAGUUAAUUUAGUAGGAAUGUAUGUGUUCAGACAUGGGCAUGGACAUGGCCAUGGAAUGGGACAUGGGCAUGGUCAUUCUCAUUCGAGUCAUGCACAUUCUCACUUGAAUCAUAGUCACAGUCAUGAUCAUCAUGACAUUGAAGUUGAUCCCUCUUUCGGUGGUACAAAUUCUCAGAUCAUGAAGGGAGUUUUCUUGCACAUUCUAGCAGAUACUCUUGGAUCUGUAGGUGUGAUCAUAUCAGCAGUGCUGAUGCAUCUGUUUGGUUGGUUCAUAGCUGAUCCAAUUUGUUCCAUGCUGAUUGCAGUAUUGAUAGUUUUAAGUAUACUGUCUUUAAUGAAAGACUCAUGGGAGAUAUUGAUGCAAAGACAACCAGUUGCAUUGGAUCACGUUUUACCUCAGUGUUACAACAAGGUGACUCAAUUGGCUGGAGUAUACAGUGUACAAGAUCCACACUUUUGGACACUGUGUUCGGACGUGUAUGUCGGGUGUUUAAAAUUAGAAGUUGCCAGAACAGUAGAGCCUAAAUAUGUUGUAGCACAUACUCAAAUGAUUUUCCAAGCAGUUGGAGUUAGGCAUCUAACUGUUCAGUUGGACUAUGCACCUAUGUGAUCUCUGAAAACCAUGCAUGUCAUAAAGUGUUCUUAUAAGUGCUCCAAGACUGUAUUCAUCUGUGGACUUUGUCAGAAGCAA